AUGGAGAUGUCACGCUCCAAGGCAACACAUAUGAAGUACUCAAAUAUCAGUGAUGAUCUAAUGAAGGCGAACUUUGUUAGACAUAAAGAACAAACAACUCAAGUCAAAGUAACAUUAAAAAAAGUUAUGACUUCAUUUUCAGGUUCUGGAAUAACAAAAAAAAAUUAUUCAGUUCAGCGAAAAGUUCAACAUUUGAAAAAUCAUUGA